AUGCUGGAAUUGAAGUCUCAAGAAAAAAAGGAAUCAGAUUCUGACCUUGAAAGGUUUUCAUCGAAAAAGGAUUCUCUUUCGAAGCUUGAACAGUCAGAAAAUGACGAAGAUAGCUACAAUGAACCUUUAGAAUUCAAGAAGUCUAGGGGAGUCCUUCUUAUUGAAUCUGUUAAAGAUUUAAUAAAAGAAGAAAAAGGUGGGAACAAAGUGAAAUGGAUUUUGAUAGUUUCAAUAUUGAUUCUCUCAUGGUCGGUGGGUUUGGACCUGUCUACGACAAAGAAUUACGAAGUAUAUGCGACGUCAUAUUACAAUCACCAUACCUUAAUUGCUACCCUAGGAAUUGCUACGAAGAUUAUAAAUGCAGUUGGCCAACUAUUUUUUGCUAAAUUCUCCGAUGUCACCUCUAGACCCACCACCUACGCUGUCGCUUUGUUAUUGUAUGUCAUUGGAUUCAUCAUAAUCCCUACAAGCUCGAAUAUAUCGUCUUAUAUUGUCGGUAAUGUAUUUGGUAAUCUUGGAAGAUCCAUCUUAAGUCUUAUUAAUGUAUAUAUCGUUGGUGAUCUUACCCCAUUGAAGUGGCGUUGUUUCGGUAUUGCUACCUUAUCGUCACCUUACAUAAUACUAUCCUGGUUUUCUGGCCUCGUCGUGAAGGAUAUCCUUGAAAAAAACUGGAAAUGGGGUUACGGAAUGUUUACAAUUAUUGUUCCAGUCUCCUUGUUACCUGGUAUGAUUAGUCUUUAUUAUUAUCAAAGGAAAGCUCAGAAAUUAGGAAUAGUUGAAGAGAAGUCAAAAAGGUUUGGGAUUAAGGUGAAACAAGAUGCUGAGGGCUGGACACAGACCCUUAUCGGUUCUUUUAAAGAAAUCGACGUGAUAGGCUUACUUCUCUUGGCUACAGGGUUGAGUCUUAUUCUUUUACCUUUGUCUUUGUACAAAACAGCUCAAAAUGAAUGGAAAAAUCCCAGUAUAGUUGCCAUGUUUGUUGUCGGUGGCAUUAUUUUGAUCGCAUUCGUUUUAUUCGAGAUAUAUGUUGCACCGUUCCCAUGCAUGCAUAAACUGAAUUUCAAUCGGACAGUCAUUACUGAGAUUUGUUUCAAUAUUUUCUAUUUUAUGUCUUCCGCUUUACGUGAAACUUACUUAUCUUCAUUUGUCUGGAUAUACAUGGACUGGAACAAUAGAAACUGGACGUACUUCAAUAACAUUGUGAUAGUUUCCAAAAGCUUUUUUGGACUCUUCGUGGGCUUACUUCACAGAUUUACUCAUCGUUAUAAGUACUUGCAAAUUAUAGGAAUUUGUAUCGAAAUUAUUUGUGCAGGUGUAUGGGUUAGUGUGAGAGAUGGCAAUUCCGGCACAGGCAAACUAGUUGUAUUGCAAAUAUUUUUGGGUUUGGGAGGAUCCAUGAGUGUUUACAGUUCUCGUACGGCAAUUCAAGCAGCAGUUUCUCAUCAACAUAUGGCAGUAGCCUACUCAAUUCUCAUGUUAUUCUCCAGUAUAGGAAGUGCAAUUGGUAGUGCAAUUGCAGCAGCUAUAUGGAAUAGUAAAAUGCCAACGAACUUGAGAAACUACAUGCCAGAGAGCGUUUCUGAUAAGCAGGUAUUUAAGUUUUUUAGCGAUUUGAGCGCCCUUCGUUCAUAUCCUAUGGGCUCUGAAAUUAGGGAUUCUGCUAUCGAAGCGUAUGUUGAUACCAUGCAUUAUCUAUUAUGCUCCUCAUUGGGAAUUCUAUUUAUUUCCUUCUUGGUUUGCUUCGCUCAAAAAAAUUACUAUUUAGGAAACGGACAGAAUGCUAUUGAGACUACUGAAGACAAUGAACAAGCUGAGGACGACAGAUUUUCUAAGUUUAUGGGACGUUUAAAAUUACCGGAGAGCAUUUUUGGUAAAUUUUCUACGACUUCAUAA